CUCUCAGUAGAGACCUGAGACAGAGCUUGCAGGUGCCGCUGACUCCUUGGUCCGCCCACAGUCGCUGCCCGUGUUGGCUGCUGGAAAAGGAGACCAGAAGAGAGCGGGACCAGAGCUGGAACAGGGCCCUAGGACGUGUGAGAGAGAGCCCUGCAGUGGGAGACAGGUAAUGAACCAAAAAGAUCAUGUCUGAAGUACAAGGAACAGUUGAGUUUUCUGUGGAGCUACAUAAAUUUUAUAAUGUGGAUCUCUUUCAGAGAGGGUAUUACCAGAUCCGAGUGACCUUGAAAGUGUCCUCAAGGAUCCCCCACAGACUGAGUGCUUCCAUCGUUGGGCAGUCAGAGAGCAGCAGCCUGCAUUCAGCCUGUGUCCAUGAGAGUGCUGUGCACAGUCGCGUCUUCCAGAUCUUAUACAGAAAUGAAGAAGUUUCCAUAAAUGAUGUCAUGCUCUUCCGGGUUCAUUUGCUCUUAGAUGGUGAGAGGGUAGAAGAUGCAUUGAGCGAGGUCGAGUUUCAGCUCAAGGUGGACCUGCACUUUACGGACAGUGAGCAGCAGCUGAGAGAUGUGACUGGAACACCAAUGAUCAGCAGUCGCACACUUGGCCUGCACUUCCACCCCAGAAGGGGUCUACACCACCAGGUCCCUGUCAUGUUUGACUACUUCCACCUGUCAGUGAUCUCAGUGGCCAUCCAUGCUGCGUUGGUGGCUCUGCAGCAGCCUCUGAUCAGUUUCACUCGCCCAGGAAGAGGUUCCUGGUUAGGCAAAGGUGGCCCGGACACAGGACCAGAACAGCCCACCAUUUCUCUGGAAAACUUGGUCUUUGGAGCUGGAUACUGCAAGCCGACUUCCUCAGAGGGAAGCUUCUAUGUUCCCUCAGAGAACUGCAUACAACAUGCACACAAGUGGCAUCGGGAUCUCUGUCUACUGCUCCUUCAUGCCUAUCGGGGCCUCCGACUCUACUUCCUGGUCAUCAUGAGAGACAUCCCUGAGCUGCCUACCAUGGAGCUGGAGGCUCUUGCUGUUGAAGAAACACUUUCUCAGCUGUGCUCAGAGUUACAGAUGCUGAACAACCCGGAGAAGAUAGCAGAGCAGAUCAGUAAGGAUCUUGCCUGGCUGGCUUCCCAUCUAAUGGCUCUGUGGACCCAAUUCCUGGACACAGUAACCCUGCACUCCCAAGUGACCACUUAUUUGACCCAGGAGCAUCACACUUUGAGGGUCCGAAGGUUUUCUGAAGCUUUCUUUUAUAUGGAGCACCAAAAACUUGCAGUCUUGACCUUUCAGGAAAACCUGAUACAGACUCACAGCCAGCUAUCCCUGGACAUCCGGAACUCAGAGUACCUCACCAGCAUGCCCCCAUUGCCCGCAGAGUGCCUGGACAUUGAUGGUGACUGGAACACCCUACCUGUUAUCUUUGAGGACAGAUAUGUGGACUGCCCUGUCUCUGGGCAUAACUUGAGUGUUUAUCCUAAUUUUGAUGUCCCAGUGACAAGUUCUGCAAUAAUGAAUCUAAAAGGGAAAGAAAAGAAUCUUAUAAAUCAAAAGUCAUCUUCAAGAAAGGACCUUCCCUUAUCUACUACAGAAGAACCCCAGCUGGGCUCUGUUGAAGAUGUUAUUAGGUGUCCAGAGACGGAGGAGAAUGUCUCCACACGGAAUCCUAUGGAUGUGUGCUCAGAAUCUCAGGUGUACCUGACCAUUGGUGAGUUUCAAAACAGAGCAGACAUGGCUGAAGAUGAAUGCUGGACUGGCCCCAGGCCUGAUGCUGUAAAAGAUUCACAAACAGAUGUGGACAUAUGUAAGAUAAGUCCAGGCCCUGAGGAAGGGCAAACCCCAGCGCUAACCUACAUUGAUGUGCAAUCUAGCAAUAAGAACUGCCCUAAAGCUGAGCCCGUGCAGAGCCUUAAUGUUCAGCAUGAACACCGGAGCUCUCGGGACGGCUAUGGCAUUGUUAAGACUAUGCCAAGCAAAGUUGUAGCAGGAACAAGCCAGAAUAAUUCUGUCUCUUUAAACCAAACAGCUUCACUUGAGUUGAGGACUCUAGGGAGGGGAGUUGACCAGGAGGGAAAGCCUGUCUUGCUAAGCCUGAAGCUCACGCCUGCCGAACCCUGUGACACACCGAGCACUUCUCUGAGGGAAGCUUUGGACACCAAGCCUUCCCUGCCUGACCAUGCCGAAGAGCCGGAAGAUCUUUCAUUGCUCUCUGGCAUUAUCAAGAGGUCAGCCUCCAUCAUAUCUGACUCAGGCAUUGAAAGUGAACCAAGCUCCGUUGCCUGGUCCGAGGCCCGAAGCAGAGCCCUAGAGUUACCCAAUGAUCGUGACGUUUUACAUCAGGUGGCUCGAAGGCAUGCCCACCAUAGGAACUCUUUGGAGGGUGGUCACACAGAGAGUAACACCAGCCUGCCCAGUGGCAUUCAGGCUUCUCUUUCCUCCAUCAGCUCACUGCCUUUUGAAGAUGAAGAGCGUGAGUUGGCACUUAACAAGUUAACCAAGUCUGUGUCUGCACCCCAGAUCAGCAGCCCUGAGGAUACUGCUGAAGGUGAAGACACCAUAAAGAACACAGGGGGAUUUUCUGAAGAUCUGGACCUGUCUAGCAAAGACGACAGUUCACCCAGACACAGUUCUCCUUCUUAUGGUGGGUCUAGGGUCCAGGAUGUUAGAGCAGGACAUUCCCUUGCAGAUAUAGCUUUAGAUUCUGACAGACCCCAGGGCCCUGGGUACAUGGACAUCCCCAAAGGCAAAGAGAAUCACCCUGAUCUUCAAGGACCCUAUUGCCUGGAUGGCAUGGCCGAGACCACACUACAUGUUAAAACCAAAGGUCUUAACUUAAAAAUACCAUGUACUAUAGUGCUUGAAAAUUCUAAGACCAGGUCUCUUCAUAGAGCAGCAGUGGCAACUGCAAAAGGUAAAUCUAAAGAAAUGAGCAUGAGUAAACACAUGCUCUCCAACAACAGCAUCUCAGAAGUCAGGGCUGCGUCUCACCACAGGGUGCCUGAACUCAGUUGUGCACCAGCUAUUGAAGCUGUCAACCUGAACUCUACAGGUGUACAAAAUGAUUCACUAAGUCUCAAUGAUACUAUGACAUUGAAUAGAAGACAUAAUGCCUCUCUGGAGGCCAAACAUGAAGCAGGCACUGUGUGCCCCACUGUGACUCAUACUAUUGCCUCCCAAGUGUCACAAAACCAAGAGCUGAAGACAGGAACUUCCAUCUCUGGGUCCCACUUGAACUCCACAGAGGCCUUUACUCUGGAUAACCUGAAGGCAGUGGAAGUUGUUAACUUGUCUGUGUCUUGCACUGCCACAUGUCUCCCUUUCUCAUCUGUACCCAAGGAGACCUCUGCUAGGGCUGGGCUUUCUUCCAAACAAAGCCCAGCUCCAAUUACUCAUCAACCUUUGGGUUCUUUUGGCGUUGUUUCUACCUACUCCAGCAAACUGGAAGAAGAAGUCAGUGAAAGGAUGUUCAGUUUUUAUCAGGCCAAAGAAAAGUUUAAAAAAGAACUGAAGAUUGAAGGCUUUCUGUACAGUGACUUAUCUGUACUAGCUUCUGACAUACCAUAUUUCCCACCAGAGGAAGAGGAGGAAAACUUGGAAGAUGGGAUUCACCUGGUGGUCUGUGUCCAUGGCCUGGAUGGGAACAGUGCAGACCUCCGGCUGGUGAAGACGUUCAUAGAAUUGGGGCUCCCUGGGGGUAAACUGGACUUCUUAAUGUCUGAAAAGAAUCAGAUGGACACAUUUGCAGAUUUUGAUACCAUGACAGAUCGAUUGUUGGAUGAGAUUAUUCAACACAUCCAGUUGUACAACCUCUCCAUAUCCCGAAUUAGUUUCAUUGGCCACUCUCUUGGCAACAUUAUCAUCAGAUCGGUCCUUACAAGGCCCCGGUUCCGGUAUUACCUCAAUAAACUCCACACAUUCCUGUCAUUGUCUGGGCCUCACCUCGGGACUUUGUACAACAACAGCACCCUGGUUAGUACUGGCUUGUGGCUCAUGCAGAAACUGAAGAAAUCUGGCUCCCUUUUGCAGCUGACCUUCAGGGAUAACGCUGAUCUGCGCAAAUGUUUCCUUUACCAACUUAGCCAAAAAACAGGGCUGCAGUAUUUUAAAAACGUUGUUCUGGUUGCUUCUCCCCAAGACCGCUAUGUGCCAUUUCAUUCAGCCAGGAUCGAAAUGUGUAAAACUGCCCUUAAGGACAGACACACAGGGCCAGUGUAUGCAGAAAUGAUCAACAACCUCCUGGGCCCUCUGGUAGAAGCCAAGGACUGCACUCUGAUCAGACAUAACGUGUUCCAUGCUCUGCCCAACACUGCCAACACCCUGAUUGGCCGCGCAGCUCAUAUAGCCGUGCUGGACUCGGAACUCUUCCUUGAGAAGUUUUUCUUGGUGGCAGGACUCAACUAUUUCAAAUAGUAGCCUCCAGAGAACAGCCUGGGUGACUGGCCAGAGCUGUUUAAGAUCAAUUGAGUUCUUAGCUAGGUCAUGCUUUUCCACACUUCUGUAUUCCAGAGUGGAGUAGAAGGAGGGUGGAGGAUGUGGAGGGAUAAAAGCUGGGGUGGGAUUGGAUACUAUAGAUGCUUGUAUUUGAGACAUUGGAGAAGCUGAACAAACAGUGCAAAAGAUAAGAAUGUUUUCU